UGGCUGAAACGCAGUUUCAAUUCAGCUCCUCGCGCCACCAUCGCGCCACCAUCUUUGCCUAAGGCAUAUCUGAACAUUUGCGACAGACGCCCGUCUUUUCUACUAUAUAUUUCCUGUCGCGCCUCUUUAUAUUUGACAACAGCAUUCACAGUCAAACUUCAAUCACUGCAUCCAGUCUCUCCAAUCUUGUCUCACUUGCACUGUCUUGACCCGCAACAAUGGGUGUCGAAAGCUAUGGCGUCUGGCGCGCGAAGCCUGUCCGCUAUACCUUCGAGGACAGGGACGACGAUCCAAAAUCACCCCACCUCUCGCUCUUCUUUGACGAUGACAAGGGCAAUGAAGGUCGCGCUGCUGUCAACAUCAAGUCAGGAAAUCGCCAAGAGUCCCGUCUCGCAUACUGGACAGUUCCGAACUUCACCCAUAACAUCACCAAUAAGCUAGCUCAACUCAGCAACGGCUUCCAUCUUCUUGCUGGUACUUCGGAGCAGAGACUCGAUGGCCUUGCACUGGAUUAUAUCCGCAGCAACCUCUUCAACCGCGUCAAUGGGCGUAUCCUUCCUCAUGAUGUCGAUGGCGCAGACAAUGACAUCCUUGAUCAGUUGAAGCCUAUUAUCGACAGGGCCAUCUCUGCUAAGGCUACGGUUUAUAUCUAUGGCUCGGAAUUCGACAGGGGAAAGGGUAUACAUAACAUCCACAUGAACCAGGGAAAUUCUGGACGCUGGCUCAAAGACAACGGAGUCUUCCAGGACGGUGGUCUCAUCUUUGAGUUUGAGGAUCAUUGGGAGGCUGUCUUUAUUGGCUUUGCUUCUCAGGCUGUUCAUACUCGAGAUGGUCCCGAACGCGCUGGCGAUCCACUGCCCGACCAAGAUUUCAAGAGUUGGGCCAACUUUCUUGCUCCUGAGCUGCCGGAUGUGGGCAGAGGGGAAGUUGACAUUGAAGAUUCGCCCGUGUUCAUUGCCGAGGCUCUUGUGAAUCCACCUGGCCCAGAUCAGGAGCCAGGAACCCCUCCAGAGACCAUCAGUCUCAAGAACAGAACCCAGGAUGAGAUUGACCUCAGUGGAUGGAAGAUUCUUAUCAAGACUGGAGACACUCAGAUUCUACCCUCGGGCAUGCGUAUUGGUCCUAAUGACACUAUGACGAUUCAAACGACUGUCCCGCUUUCUAACAAUGGUGGUAUCAUCACUCUUCUUAAUGCGCAAGGAUUCAAAGUACAUGGUGUUAGCUAUACGAGGGAAGAAGCAAACGGGGCUGUAAUUGUUUUCUGAUAGUUGUUGAAUUUGAGUCGUUUCUGUAUGGUCUCAAGAUAGGUAGCUAUCUUUCAGGCAUCUUUAAUGCUUGAUCUUGGUCUCUUUGCUUCCCGAAGACAUUCAUAGUGUACCCAGGCACUCCAACCUGCAAAGGCAUCCCCCAGUAACGUAUUCCGAAGACGGGAACGUAGAGAAGGAUCGUUAAUGAAUCUCUUUUCUAUUGCUAAAUGCGGUUAAUUGACGAUUAGUAGAG